AAUGUCACUAUUCUUAUUACCAGAGUUGUAGCACGAACAAAAUAUUAAUACAAACAAUCCAUUCAAUACUAAAUAAAAAUAACAUUUAUUGAUUUGUUCUUUGUCUUGUGAAUAUUAGUUUAUUAAUGACUGCAUACAUCGGACACACUGUUUGUAGAGAAUACACACAUACAUGAACUGAUCUGAUUCAAGACUGGCAUCAUUACAUCAUGCAUAACAUUUUGGUGUCCACUUUUGCCAUUUUAAAUAAUACCAUAACUUUUGGCUUACUAUGUAGUCAUAUAAUAUAAAACUCUUCUUGUUUUAAAUUCUCACUGAGGGCUAAAACCCCCUAAAGAUAAAAUCCUAGAACCGCUCCUGAUCAGACUAAACUAAAGAGAAAGUAAACACUUCCUUCAGUCAUGGUGAUGCUGUAAUAUAACCAAACAGAUGGCAACAGGACAUUAAAUUCACACUGGAAAUGUUCUUCUGUCUCUGAGAAAAUCUGCCAACACUCCACAAGAGUCUUCUAGACAUCAUGUCCCUCCUUUAUAUUUCCAUCUUAUGGGUCUGUGCCUGUGUGGACAGUGCAGAAUCUCUGGUUACUGUAUCAGCUGCAGAGGGUUCCACAGUCAUCCUGCCGUGUAAACUGACUGAAGAGUUCAAACUAACAUCAUUUAUUAGGUGGCAGAUCAAUAAAUUCACUGUGUUUGAGAGAAGCAGUAAUGGUACAUAUUCAGGUUCAGGAUAUAAAGGACGUGUGGAUGUUCCUGUGGACGAGCUGCGUAAAGGAAACUGUUCCCUGGUGAUGAAGAAUGUCAGAUUUACUGAUGACGGUUUUUACAAAACCUUUACAGUGGAACGUGUGGACAUUAACACUGCAGGACCGAAAGAAAUUAACAAUGUUACACUCUCAGUCUAUGGUUUUCAGAUAUCAGCUCCAGUGGGUUCCACAGCUGUCCUGCCGUGUGAUUGGAGUCAUCUGUACAUCAAAACUCCUUACAUUAAGUGGUUUAUCGGUAAGAAGACUGUGUUUGAGCGAAAGGGUAAGGAUUCAUAUGUGGGUGAAGGAUAUGAGGGUCGUGUGGACGUUCCUGAGGACGAGCUGCUUAAAGGAAACUGUUCCCUGGUGAUGAAGAACAUCAGUGUUACUGAUACAGAAAUCUACAUCAGCGCCAUGUUAAUUACAGACACACAGGAAUCUGUCUUGGUCCAGAAGGUUAAACUGUCAGUUGUUGAGGACAGUGUUAAUAAGGGAGGAUCUUCAUCAGAGGAUUCAGACUCAGACCAGACUGGAGGGAACAACUGGAUUAUUUUAUAUGUUGGGAUCGUAAUCAUCAUUAUCAUCAUCUGCGUGUCUGUGUACUAUAGCAGGGUGAAAGUAUCUUCAUGUCUCAGACGUGCCACAAACUCCAGUGAACAGGAUGGAAACAGACAUCACAGUGUUCAGUACAACACAACAUCCGACAGUGUGACGUAACCAACAGUCGACACACAACCACAGAGUUAAUGACCAACACAAGAUGCUCUGCUCUGAGCUCAUCAUGGAUUUCAGAUCAUCUUAAACUUCAUCCCUGCACCACUGAGCUGACGUUCAUCUCUGGAGCUUCAUCACCAUGUCAGGAUCUUCUGAUUUACUGCAGAGCAUUCCAUUGCAAUUAACCACCUUAAAUACCUUUUCUCAUGAUUGGAUUCACCUGCCUAUGAAGUUCAAGGCUUAAUGAGCUCACCGAACCAAUUGUGUGUUCCAAUUAAUCACUGCUAACUAGUUACAGAUAUUCAAAUCAACAAAAUGGCAAGGGUGCCCAAAUUUAUGGCACCGAGGUGGUGGAAUGAACUUCCCCUAGAGGUCCGGACAGCCGAGUCACUGGCUAUUUUCAAGCGGCGGUUGAAGACCUACUUAUUCAGGAAACACUUCAACUAGCACUUCUUUCCUUAUCUUUUGCAUAAAAAAAAACCCUUGACUCUUUUUCAUUGUAACUUUGAACAAAUGUUUUAAACUCUUGGUAUCUUGAGUAUGUAACCUAGUGAGCAGCAUUAAUGUAUUCAAUGUUAGAGAUUUAAGCACUUAUGUACGUCGCUCUGGAUAAGGGCAUCUGCCAAAUGCUGUAAAUGUAAAUGCAUACAGUAUGAGAUGUAUAUAUAUCUCCCAAACAGUCCAUAACCAAAUGUAGAAGUACCAAAGUUCCCAAUUGAGGUAAUCCUAACAUUGAAGAAACAAAGUGUAGUUAUAGUCCUGUGAGGGCGCAGAUAAUCUGUAUGAAUUCCACAGUAUCGCAUCCUUAUCGACCCAAAUCCAUAACAAUCACGCUGUGAUGAAACAGUCCCAGCUUACAGAACACAUGCCGCAUACCUAACACAAUGAAGCAGUUCAGGAUUUUAUUUAGACAAAGAUUCACGAGGAUGGAUUAAGUUGACGCAUUGUCGCUAAUCGAUCCGUACAGCAACACGAUCGGUUCCGCGCAUGUGUGAAAUGACGUUACUUGCUGUCAUCACCGACGGCAGUUUCGAAUAUUAACGCUAUCCUUACCGCUGUCAUAGCACUUUAUUUGCAAGUCUUAUGAUUUGCAACUAUUAUUUGUCUGCCUUUCAACAAUUAAUAAUAUUGCUCGUUUAAUGUCUGUUUUGUGUGCAAGUUUGCUUAUUCUAACUUGUUUUUAUGGCAUUGUUGUCGUAAGCAAUCAAUAAAAUGUAUAAUUUUUUUAAGGUUAAUAUGUGACACAAAAUAAAAUGUAUGAGAAAAUGUAGUAAAAUGAAA